GUCGAUGUUUCUGCACGGCCAAGCCAAACGCUGUCAUGGCGUUCCUCGUCGAAUUGUCAUAAUACGCGCGGUAAUCAAUGUGCUCUUGACGAUCCAAAACUCAAAAAAUAUCUGUUUAGUAUAAGGAAAUAGUUAAGUAAUUUGUGUGAGUACAUUUCUGUGUGUUAUAAUAAUUAAGGUAACAGCAUAAGUAGGCGUAAGGAGUGGCUAAAAGCACCGAUAAUCGGCAAACAAAGACGGGACUCUUGAGAAGAUAUAUUGUCCAAAGGGAGUGUUGAUAUUUUGGGUAAGCUGAACGAUGGCAAAUGAGGAUUAUAACGAUGAGCGCGGAAAGUUGUUCGUUGGCGGCCUUUCCUGGGAAACGACGCAGGAGAAUCUACAGAGCUACUUUACCCGUUUCGGCGAAGUGGUGGAUUGUGUAGUGAUGAAGAACAAUGAGACCGGCAGAUCGCGUGGAUUUGGCUUUGUGACCUUCGCUGACCCGGCCAAUGUUGACAUUGCACUGCAGAAUGGACCACAUGAGUUGGAUGGGCGCACAAUAGACCCCAAGCCAUGCAAUCCGCGUUACAUGUCGAAGCCGCAGAAGGGCGGUGGAUAUCCCAAAGUUUUCCUGGGUGGCCUCCCGGCAAAUGCCACGGAAACGGAUCUGCGUACGUUCUUUGGGCGCUAUGGGAAGGUGAUGGAAGUGGUGAUUAUGUAUGAUCAGGAACGCAAAAAAUCCCGCGGUUUUGGCUUUUUGUCAUUUGAAGAUGAGAGUUCAGUGGAACGCGUGACACAGAAGCACUAUGUCAAUCUCAAUGGGAAGCAGGUGGAAGUGAAAAAGGCCGAACCGAGGGAUGGUGGCUUUGGGGGUCGCGGAGAUCGCGGCGGGCCGCGUCAUAUGGGUCCUACCAAUGGGCAAAUGGGUGGAGGUCAUCCAAUGUCCCAUCCUGGUGGCAUGCAGUACCAGCAGCAGGGCUGGGGUGGUCCGCCACAGCAGCAGAAUUAUGGCGGCUACAACUAUGGGGCUCCGUCGGGACCACAGUCGUAUCAGGGCUGGGGUGCUCCGCCACCGCCUCAGGGUCCACCGCAGCAGCAACAAUGGGGUGCUAGCUAUUCGGCCGCUCCGACACCCAAUCAACCCUACGGCGGCGGCUACUCCGGCGGCUAUGACAUGUACGCCCAGACAGGGGCACACAAUGCCAAUUCCGGCAACAGUUGGAACUACAAUUCAUGGCCCCAAGGUGGCUCUGCUCCAACUCCACCAGGUGACCCAACUGGCGGCCCUGCUGUUGACUAUGGCGGCUACGGGACUGGCGGCGGCGGCGGCGGAGGAGGCUACAAUGCCUUUGGGAACUACGGAACAGAUCAGAGUAGCUCGUACGGGCCUAUCCGUACCACGUACGACACGAAGAAGCAGGGCAUCGCGCAAACCCCCUAUCAACCACCCCAUCUCCGUGCCCCCAAAUACAAUGCUUAAGAGAAAAACAAAAAAAAACAAACUCCUGCAUCCCCUAACCUCAAAUUUUGUCCCCCCGGGCCUCUGAUCAUCCCAUCAACAGCCCGCCAAAAUCUUCCUGUAGGUUACUUUUGAUGUCCGAGCCCACAACCCAAAAGCCCCUUCCCCGCCCCCCUUCGCGUUGCAUUGAAUGGCACGAUGAGAAGAAAAAAAAAACAAAGAGAUGUCUAAUGAACUAUCUAAUAAGUAUAAUUUUCAGAGAAAAAAAAAGGUUAAAUAUUGAUUAAAAAAUAUUUGAAAGGGAUAAAAAGAGUAAGAGAAGAGAAUGAGGUAAAAAAAAACAGGAAGGAAAUAUAAGCAUAAAGGUAAUGAAGAAGUAAAAGAGAAAAACGGCAAGAAGAAACUUUCAAAUUUAUAAUUUUAUCAAAAAGGAAAAAUUGUAUUAAAAUUAUAAUAAAUAUAAUCAGUAAGAUGGUC